UGGUGUUAGGUAUUGCCAUGGUGCGGUUUUAUAUACAGAAAGGAACACAUAGAGGCUUAUUCAGAAGCGUUCAAAAGACGCUUAAAUUUUUCCAGACGUUUGCUUUGCUUGAGGUAGUCCACUGUGCAGUUGGAAUAGUUCGCACAUCUGUCCUUGUGACUGGGGUCCAAGUGAGUUCAAGAAUCUUCAUGGUGUGGUUCAUUGCACAUAGCAUAAAACAGAUCCAGAAUGAGGAGAGCGUUAUUCUUUUUCUGGUCGUAUGGACUGUGACAGAGAUUACUCGAUAUUCCUUCUACACAUUCAACCUACUCAACCAUUUGCCAUACUUCAUUAAAUGGGCCAGAUACAACUUUUUUAUUGUUUUGUAUCCUGCUGGAGUUGCAGGUGAACUGCUAACCAUAUAUGCUGCUUUACCCUAUGUAAAGAAAACAGGAAUGUUUUCACUGAGACUUCCCAACAAAUAUAAUGUCUCCUUUGACUACUAUUACUUCCUUAUUAUUGUCAUGUUCUCCUAUGUGCCGUUAUUUCCACAACUCUACUUCCACAUGCUGCGGCAGAGAAGAAGGGUGCUUCAUGGAGAAGUGAUCGUGGAAAAGGACGAUUGAAUCAAGCCUUGUAACUAUGGUGCUUUUAAUGGAAAAAAGGGUAAAAAACCAAAACUUCCUGUGAUUUUUCUGAGUCCAAGUUUUAAAACAUGGAACAAGAAUAAACAACUGUGCAU